AUAUAUUUUCCCUCCCUCUUUUGUUUUAAUACAAGGUGAUGAAUGAAGCCAUUGCUCUACAGCUUCAUGGCAUCAAUGACAAGGUGAUUUGCUGUUUGGAGAAAGCAUCAAGUGAACUUCUCUGCCAGCUCCUUCCCAAUACCCUGAGUGAUUACUACAUAGAACUCAAAGCUCAGCAGAGUCACUUGCAUAGAAAGAGAAGAGGCAACAUCAUGGGGCAAGAAGAACGUAACCCCAAUGCCACCCAGAAUAUUAACUUUGCUGCCAUCUACAACCUCCACAGGAGUGACUUUGCCUCCUUUCGAAAUUUGUCCUUCCCUUUCAAUUUCAGCUACAGUGAUUAUGACCUGCCCAUGGACGAUGAGGAUGACAUGACCAAAACCCGCACCUUCUUUGCAGCCAAGAUCGUGAUUGGGGUAGCUCUCAUUGGCAUCAUGUUGGUCUGUGGCAUUGGCAACUUCAUCUUCAUCGCCGCACUAGCUCGCUACAAGAAGUUGCGUAACCUCACUAACCUCCUCAUUGCCAACCUGGCGAUCUCUGACUUCAUCGUGGCCAUCGUCUGCUGCCCCUUCGAGAUGGAUUACUAUGUGGUAAGGCAACUGUCCUGGGAACAUGGCCACGUGCUCUGUGCCUCCGUCAAUUACCUGCGCACUGUCUCCCUUUAUGUCUCUACUAAUGCUCUUCUGGCUAUAGCCGUAGACAGGUAUCUGGCUAUCGUCCACCCACUGAAACCACGUAUGAAUUACCAAACAGCAACCUUUCUCAUAGCCUUGGUUUGGAUCAUCUCCAUACUCGUUGCUAUACCAUCUGCAUAUUUUGCUACUGAAAUUGUGUUAUUCACAGUAAAAAAUCAGAAGAAAUUUUUUUGCGGCCAAAUUUGGCCAGUUGACCAACAAAUGUAUUAUAAAUCCUACUUCCUUUUUAUCUUCGGUAUUGAAUUUGUUGGACCUGUGAUUACGAUGACCCUGUGUUAUGCCAGAAUCUCCCGAGAGCUUUGGUUUAAGACUGUACCAGGCUUUCAAACCGAACAGAUCAGGAAGAGGCUUCGCUGCAGAAGAAAAACUGUCAUGGUGCUCAUGUGCAUCCUAACAGCCUAUGUCCUCUGCUGGGCUCCUUUCUAUGGAUUCACAAUUGUCCGUGACUUUUUCCCCACGAUCUUUGUGAAACAGAAGCAUUAUCUUACAGCCUUUUACAUAGUUGAGUGCAUUGCCAUGAGCAACAGUAUGAUUAACACCAUGUGUUUUGUAACUGUCAAAAACAACACCAUGAAGUAUUUCAAGAAGAUCAUGUUACUCAGGUGGAGGUCCACCUAUAAAGGGAGCAAAUCCAGUGUAGAUCUAGACAGCAAAACCAAUGCAACACCAGUCACAGAAGAGGUUGACUGCAUAAGACUAAAGUAAUUGAAGUUUGGUUGUCGUGACACGUGCAUCCCUGGGGGAGGGAGGUGGGGAGGUGAAUUAGUAUUUUACCUCAAAAAGCAUCUCUCCCAGUUUUUGUGGUGAUACCUACCACUGGAGAGAGCUCUAGAUGAGGAUUCAAUAGAUCACAGAUCUCUUUCCAACUAUGCUGUUGAACAGAUGUAUGACCAUGCGCUGAUCAUAUUGACUCUCCCUCACUUUUCUCUUCUGCAAAACAGGGAUAAUGAUACUGAUUUUCCUUUGUUAAAGCCCUUUAAGAUUUAGGGAUCAAAAGCUCCAUGGAAAAGCUAAGUGGUGUUAUCUGGAUGCAAAAUUCUAUCUUAGAAAUGACAUCAACAAUUCUCCCCUUUUCUCCUUGCCUUAGGGAAUGACCUUUUUUCCCCCUCUCAAGCAAGACCUUUGACUUGAAAAGUCUUAUUCUUCUCCCAUUUCCUUUUUGCAACCAAACAUACUACUUUGGUGACAAGAAACUCUAUGCUGCUGUAUAGCACUUUCUUACACGCCCAAGUCCUAGAAACCAAGAGACAUUUCAGCAUGUCAUUGUCUCCAUAGAAUGCUACCCUGUUCCCUGGCCAGUUUUCUAUACAGAUACGAAUACUGCUUCUUAGUCUAGAAAAGACCCCUGAUCCUUUAGCGUGAUCACCUAUACAGAACUCUGGCUCCAUCCUUCUGGAAUUGUAUGGGAAAUAUUGACAGUAAUUUAUUAUUAUGUACCUGAAAAGAGAAUGUACAUAAGGCCCAGGUAUCACCUAAGGGCCAGGCAUCAUAUAAAGUCCAUGUGUACCCCCACAAAAAUAUUCAAGUGGGAUAAAUAAUGUGGAGACCUUAUGGUAGUCCUUUGUGUAGGGAGGGAAUUUUAGCUCUAUAGUGGGCAUGACAGACUGAACAGGCUUUCAGUAGUCAUUGAUUUGCUGUUUGAUUGUCACUUCUUACCCAUUUAAACCUAGACCAGCUGUACAACACAUCUCAGUGAAUAUUGCGUGAAUCUCCAUUAAUUUCAUCUUGCUUAUUCUGAUUAUGUGCCCCCCUGGGAUUGGUGUGUCUUUCAACUGAUAACUGUGUUUUAAACAGGUGGUAAUGUCAGUAAAGUCUGCUCAUUUAAGUCCACAAUUAUGAAAUUUGAUGAAUGUUCAUGUCCUAAAAUUAAGGCUUUUCUACUGUGCUACCAAACGCUUCUCGUUUUUAAAUGUGUGAUACUGCCUGCUUUUGAAGUAAAUUAAUUUUGUAAAUGAUUUGUUUCUUUGUAAAUUUAAAUUGAGCA